AUGUCAUUUGCUUCCAUCACCUGUGGAGGACUGACUCUGUGCCCUGUCCCCGCAGGUGAGCGGCCCUUCGCCUGCAGCUGGCAGGACUGCAGCAAGAAGUUCGCGCGCUCCGACGAGCUGGCUCGGCACUACCGCACGCACACGGGCGAGAAGAAGUUCAGCUGCCCCAUCUGCGAGAAGCGCUUCAUGCGCAGCGACCACCUGACCAAGCACGCGCGCCGCCACGCCAACUUCCACCCCGGCAUGCUGCAGCGGCGCGGCGGCGGCUCGCGGGCCGGCUCCCUCAGCGACUACAGCCGCUCGGACGCCAGCAGCCCCACCAUCAGCCCGGCCAGCUCUCCCUGAGUGCGCCCUGGCACAGCCCCUACGCCCUCCCCCGCAGAGAGAACGUUCUGAAAAGGCCCGAAAAAAACACUUUUCUUCACCUCAGGUGUCAAAGUAAAUUUGUAAAACAAAAACAAAAACGUCAAA